GUUGCUGUUCGUCAUAAUAUCUCUCCACCAUCUUACCACUUAACCAGGGGUUGACAUGUUUCACGGGUCGUCAGGUGACCUUUUUUUAGGGACGAGUUAUGUUUCAAAACCGAGUCACUGGAAACAUAGCUCUGUCUCUAGAAGCUCCCUUCUUGACACACAGAUGAUCUACUGCGGAUAGUUUGCCAGGGGGAUACUGGGAAUUCCUGUGUAUGCAACUGUGCACACACACAUGUGACAUAUGUCCACGCUCCAGGGGUCGGCUGGCAGUUAAAUAAAGCAACACCGCAGAAGUGAAGGAAUGAGCGUGGGGCAAAGAGGGAGGGAGCGUGAAAGAAUGGCAGAGAGGAUGUAGGGGGUGGAGAAGCAGGGUAGAGACAGAUUUAUUUCCACAGCUGAGUGCUGCUGCUCUCUAUGGUCUGGCGUGGGGAGACAGUUGAGAGGUGAAGAGUGACAAGAGAACCGCGAGGAAGAAGGGAAUAAAGCGAGUGCAGGAGGAGCACUGUGGACAUGGAUGCCCUAGCACUAGAGGCUACCAGCACUAAAAAGCCGGCUAACGGUGUGCCGGCUCCGGCCCCGGCCAAACGCAAACCUGCUAAAAAAACUAAAAAAGCUGUUGUUUUCUUUGAGGUGGAGAUACUGGAUGCUAAGACCAAGGACAAGCUCUGCUUCCUGGACAAGGUCGAGCCAAAUGCCACUAUCGGAGAGAUCAAGUCUAUGUUCCACAAGAGCCAUCCUCAGUGGUACCCAACCCGACAGUCCAUUCGCCUUGAUGCCAAGGGGAAGUCUCUGAAGGACGAGGAUGUCCUGCAGCAACUACCUGUGGGAACCACGGCAACCUUCUACUUCAGAGACCUGGGAGCUCAGAUCAGCUGGGUCACAGUCUUUCUCACCGAGUACACUGGUCCUCUGGUCCUCUAUCUGAUGUUCUAUUUCAGAGUUCCCUUCAUCUACGCUUCCAAAUAUGACUUUUCCACCAGUAAACACUGGGUCGUUCAUCUCGCCUGUAUGUGUCACUCCUUCCACUUCCUUAAGAGGAAUCUGGAGACGCUGUUUGUGCAUCGCUUCUCUCAUGGUACAAUGCCGCUACGCAACAUCUUUAAGAACUGCACGUACUACUGGGGCUUUGCAGCAUGGAUGGCCUACUACAUCAACCACCCGCUGUACACACCACCCAUAUACGGGGAGCAGCAAAUCAGACUGGCCCUCAUCUUAUUCUUGUUCUGUCAGAUUGGCAACUUUUCCAUCCACAUCGCUCUGCGGAACCUCCGUCCACCAGGCUCUAAGACCAGGAAGAUUCCCUAUCCCACCAAGAACCCCUUCACCUGGAUCUUCGUGCUGGUCUCCUGCCCCAACUACACCUACGAGCUGGGCUCCUGGCUGGGCUUCACACUGAUGACCCAGUGCCUGCCGGUGGCCUUCUUCACCUUGGUGGGUUUCAUCCAGAUGACUGUGUGGGCCAAAGGGAAGCACCGCAGCUACCUGAAGGAGUUCCGCGAUUACCCUCCCCUCCGCUCCCCCAUCCUGCCCUUCAUCCUGUAGAGCUCAAGCCUUCAGCUCUGCGCUAACUGAGAGGGGGCUCUCCGUUUUACACUGGAGCUUAGUAGACUGACUGGCUUCAAUAAUGUCCCCUUUUUCUUUCCCCCUCUUUUGCUUCCUAUCUGUAAUUCCUGUAAUAUUGAGUGAAAAUGUAAAGCACCAACGCUUGCUCUAUUUUUUUCAUUUCCCCAUAAUCCAAUCUGAUUGGUUAAUUGACUUAUGUGUGUUUGGUCUCCAAGAGCUGUUCUUGACCUUCAAACGAGCCAGUGUAUCCUGAAUGACAUACUGUCGAUAAAGAGUGUCUUACCACGCUGUCAUCUAAUUCUGUGGUUAUGAGGCUGAAUCUGCAUCCGGUGAGAUUCAGUCAAAUUUCAAAGGCUUAGUUUUUAUAUCCAUUCAUCUACAUUUGAAAUAAUAACAGCAUGUCAUUUUGUUGAUGUUUGAAGUAAUUUAUAAAAAAAAUGUAAAACUAA